GGACAACGGAGCCUAGCAGAGCCAAGCCACUCCUUCCCAACCACCAUAAGUAGCAGGGGGCAUAGAUGACCACUGAGCCCUUGGAAGACCCUGAAGCCAGCAGCAGUUCUGCAGAUGUUCUGCCUAAGGCCUCCUCAGAUGACAACGCCCAUGAAAACGCUGCAGAUCUACCCGGAGAGUCCGAAGGACCAGACUCCCUGCCUGAUGACGUCCCACCGGGAGACAUCUACAAAGCACUACAGCAGGAUGUAGAUCAAGCCUCUGAUGAGAAAAACAUUGCUGCAGAGCAAGAUGAAGAGCAGGCCUUCAUUCAGAUGGACACCUUCAUGAGACAGGAUGAAGACCAGGCCUCCAUGCAGAUUAACACAAUUAUUGAGCAGGAUGAAGACCAGGCCUCCAUGCUGACUGCCACCUUGGUGAGACAGAAUGAAGACCAGGCAUCUAUGCAGACUGCCACCUUGGUGGGACAGGAUGAAGACCAGGCCUCCAUGCAGAUGGACACCUCCACAGGGCAAGCAGUAGAGCCAGCCAUCUCCAUGGCUACAGCAACUUCUGGGGUCAAAGAUGAGAGCCCAGAUACUGCAAGUCAGAGCCAGGACAAUCCUAAAGAGAUCACAUCUCUGCUGCCCCAAGACUCAGGUGUCCUGCAAAUGUUUGUGGGUUUCCAGAGCCCAGUGUGGGACAGGCUAGCUGAAAACAACCGUACAAGUUGGAGCCGGACGGUCUCCCCAAGUGACUCUCAGACCCAGGAACAGACAUUAGGAAGGCCGGAUGUUCCAGAAGGGCAGCCAGAGAAGGCUCCAAAUGCUGGCGUCCCAUCUGUCCCGCCUGAAUAUGUCCAGCCUUCUGUGGGAGCUACUGACCCAUCUCCUUCAGAUACUAGCGGUCCUGACCCAGAACCCAGGACUCCCACCAACUCUGCUGAGCAGGAAGCUGAAGGUGCCAAGGACUUGAACCCUGAGAGCAAAGCUAGAUCCCCAGGGCAGACCAGUGAGGAUUUAGCUGCUGCCUCAACGAUCCCUCAGGCCCCACCUGUUCCAGGCUCCCCAGCAGGCAGUCCACCUCCCUCUCCAGAUUCCUACCAGGUGGCCCUGGGCAGGAACCUUCUGGACCCCAAUCUGUAUAGGCCUGAUGUGGAGAAUGACUACAUGCGCUCCAUGACCAGCCUGCUGGGUUGUGGAGAGGACUCCAUCAGCUCCCUCACAGACAUCCUGGUGUGGUCAGACACAGCCACGCGAAUGGGUGUGGCUAUGGGCAUUCUGGCCUCAGGCUGCCGCUCUCCAGCUGACAGGCUACAAGAAGAGGGACCCCGCCUGCGCUCUGUUGCCAGCCUCUUUCGCAGUGCCAGGUCAGCUUUCUCCUCUGGGGUGAUGUCUGGAACUGGCUCAGCCCUGCGCUCUGUCACACACCUGCUGGAGUCUGUGGAGAGACGUACUAUGGAAGGCAUCCAUUCAGCUAUGCACUUCUUGGGCCAUCACUUCACCUCACGCUGGGCCCGCACUGGCUCCAAUGGUGACUAGACCAGCAAGCCCCCUACUCCUUCCCCAACCCUGCACUAGAUAACUGCCUCCUGCCUUUCAGUAAAUAACCACAAGCGUUUAUUUUCUAA